CUCUCUUCUAUCCCUAUAAGUGUUGUUGCUGUUACAUCUUCCAUUAAGUGCUUGGCAGACAAAUAUGGCGAAUACCAGAUGUCCUUUUGUUCUCCAACUACUGACACUCUCUCUCAUCAACCUCUAUCUGGGUAACAGUGUUGUUUCUGUUACAUCUUCAAUCAGUGGGCACCCAUCUGAACCGAAGGAGGAACUGGACAGGGUUCUUGACCUCCCGGGACAGACUUUUAAUGCCACCUUUGCACACUACUCUGGCUAUGUCACUGUUAAUGAGGAAUCUGGGAGGGCCCUCUUUUACUGGUUCUUUGAGGCCAUUGAAGAUCCAGAUUCAAAACCGCUUGUUCUCUGGCUCAAUGGAGGGCCUGGAUGUUCAUCAAUUGCUUACGGUGAGGCGGAAGAAGUAGGGCCAUUUCAUAUUAGACCAGACGGAAAGACCCUUUACUUGAAUCCUUACUCUUGGAACCAGGUUUCCAACAUUCUGUUUCUUGAUUCGCCUGUGGGAGUUGGUUUUUCAUAUUCUAAUACCUCUUCUGACCUGUUGAACAAUGGCGAUAGAAGGACUGCGGCAGACUCAUUAAUAUUUUUACUAAGGUGGUUGGAGCGUUUCCCCCAGUAUAAAGGAAGGGACUUCUACAUUACUGGAGAGAGCUAUGCAGGACAUUACGUCCCUCAGCUUAGCCAAGCCAUCGUCCGAUAUAACCUAGCUGCUAAAGAAAAGACAAUCAAUCUAAAAGGAUAUAUGGUUGGAAAUGCUCUAUUUGAUGACUACCAUGAUCACUUAGGUGUUUUCCAGUUUAUGUGGGCAGCUGGCAUGAUUUCCGACCAAACAUACAAGCUACUAAAUCUCAUUUGUGAUUUUGACUCAUUUAUUCACACCAAAGAUUCUUGCAAUAAGAUUCAGGAUGUUGCUAGCGAAGAAGUUGGAGAUAUUGACCCAUAUAGCAUUUUCACUCCUACCUGUACUGCUAAUGUUAGCCAGUCGAAUCAGUUGCGCAAAAGAAUGCAUAUGGUUGGCAGUGUCAAAGAGAAGUAUGAUCCUUGCACGGAGGCGCAUUCAGUUGCAUACUUCAAUCUACCAGAGGUUCAAAAGGCACUUCAUGUUAUUCCGGAGUUUGCUCCAUCUAAAUGGGUUACCUGCAGUGAAUUGGUAAAUAAUCACUGGAAGGAUUCUCCAAGGACUGUGCUGGAUAUUUACCAUGAACUUAUACAUUCAGGACUUCGCAUAUGGGUUAUCAGUGGUGAUACAGAUUCCGUUCUCCCAGUUACAUCCACACGGUAUAGUAUAGACGCUCUCAAGCUUCCAACCGUAGGACCUUGGCAUGCCUGGUACGAUGAUGGACAGGUUGGAGGGUGGACUCAAGAGUAUGCUGGACUUACCUUUGUGUCAGUGAGGGGAGCAGGACAUGAAGUUCCACUGCAUAGACCCAAACAAGCUUUGACAAUCUUGAAAUCCUUUCUGUCAGGAUCCUCCAUGUCAACGUCGAAACAAGUCAGCGAUAUUUGACGUUUACUGGUUCGAUAUUGAUGAUUGAUGUUUGAUUCCUGAAUUGAAUUGCAACACAAUAUGAAGUUCUCAUAUUCCAGUGACUUAUGUUUGAUUGUCCGAAUCCGCCCAACGAGUUGGUUCAGAAUGUCUGAAUAACAUUUAGACUGUACUGUGCCCACAAAAUAAUGAAAGGAAGCAUUGGAGAUUGAAAGGGU